ACCAACCAACAUAAUAGUGUCAUCACCACCUUUCUAUACAUACCUCCUUCCCCAAAUAUUUUUAUAAAAAAAAACCCCCAAAAAUGGCAUGUACACAUUCAUCAUCCACCGCCAUUGUUAAACCUCAAAAUUCUUCAUAUCUUAAAAAACCUUGCACAUCAUAUCCAGUACAUCACCACCCCACCACAUUCAAAUCUUGGACACCCAUUUCGAAAUCAUUUUCAGUUUCAUGCUUAAUGACCAAUAGCCAAUCAAUAGAGGUGGUCCAUGAUGAACCGGCGGUCCAUCUCCGACCGGAUUCUCUUGGCCGGUUUGGUAAAUUUGGUGGCAAAUAUGUUCCUGAGACAUUAAUGUAUGCUUUGUCUGAACUUGAGUUGGCUUUUAAUGCCCUGUCUUCUGACCAUGAUUUUCAGGAGGAGUUAAAUUCCAUACUGAAGGACUACGUUGGUAGGGAAACCCCUCUUUAUUUUGCUGAAAGACUUACAGAACAUUAUAAACGUCCAACCGGUGAAGGACCAGAAGUUUACAUGAAAAGGGAAGAUCUGAACCAUACAGGUGCACAUAAGAUCAACAAUGCGGUUGCUCAAGCUUUGCUAGCCAAGAAGUUGGGUAAAGAACGUAUCAUUGCCGAAACUGGGGCUGGGCAGCAUGGAGUUGCAACCGCCACUGUGUGUGCUCGUUUUGGGUUGCAGUGUAUUAUUUAUAUGGGUGCUCAAGAUAUGGAAAGACAGGCACUUAACGUGUUCAGAAUGAAGCUACUUGGAGCAGAGGUUAGACCAGUUCAUUCUGGCACAGCUACACUGAAGGAUGCUACAUCAGAAGCCAUAAGGGACUGGGUAACCAAUGUUGAAACAACCCAUUACAUAUUGGGUUCAGUUGCUGGGCCACAUCCCUACCCCAUGAUGGUGCGGGAAUUCCAUGCAGUGAUUGGUAAAGAAACAAGAAAACAGGCAUUGGAAAAAUGGGGCGGAAAGCCAGAUGUAUUGGUUGCUUGUGUAGGUGGUGGGUCAAAUGCCAUUGGUCUCUUUCAUGAGUUUGUCGAUGAUAAAGAUGUUAGAUUAAUCGGUGUGGAGGCUGCGGGUUUUGGACUAGACAGUGGAAAACAUGCAGCUACAUUGACCAAAGGAGAGGUCGGGGUCCUGCAUGGAGCCAUGAGCUAUUUGUUGCAGGAUGAUGACGGCCAGAUUAUUGAGCCUCACUCUAUAAGUGCGGGGUUGGACUACCCUGGAGUUGGACCGGAGCACAGCUUUCUGAAAGAUCUAGGCCGUGCGGAAUACUAUAGCAUCACUGAUGAGGAGGCAUUGGAAGCCUUUAAGAGACUGUCUAGACUAGAGGGUAUAAUCCCAGCACUGGAAACAUCGCAUGCACUGGCUUAUCUGGAGAAAUUGUGCCCGACACUACCAAAUGGAACCAAAGUUGUUGUCAAUUGCAGUGGUAGAGGAGACAAAGAUGUGCAUACUGCCAUAAAAUACUUGCAGGUUUGAUCUCAAGAACUCAACCCCUCAGAAAGUUGGAUUAUCAGGAAAAAUUAUGCUUUUGGAGACGUCUUUUGCUAUAUAAAAACUAAAAAAAGUUAUCAUAUAUACUUUCUUAGAGAAUAAAGGUUUUCUAGAAAACUUGUGAUGAGAUGGUUUUCAUUAGUGGCCUCUGAAUGAAACAUGUGAUAUCGGAAUUUGUUAGCCGUUCCUGAA